AUCAGUGGUGAAAAAGAAACGAAAGGCGAAAGGAAUCGGAAUGUCUCCUCUCCCGGCACGGCGCAAGGAACCCCCGAUCGCGUCGCCGGAAGCGAGAUGUGGAUGCGUGGAUUGGAUUCCUCCCGUGCUGGUCUGUCCCAUGUCCCAAGCCUACCUACUUCCACAAUCCCUUCCUCUCGCACCAAUGCAACGACAUAUUCCCAGUCUCACCGUGGUCGAGACUCGAGACCAUAUAUACCAUACGUGAUCGGGCUCGAUCGGAAAAAAAGGCAAAGCCUAGCUAGUAGCAGCAAUCUGCAGGUGUCUCGCUUGUACUAGCAGCAGGUUAAUUUUGCAGCAAGUGAGUGAGAGAGAGUUGGCAAUGCGGCCGGCGGCGGCGCCCGUGACGCACGAUGACCUGUCCCUGCGCAAGGCCCAUGACCGGCGCGCGGCGCGGUCCGGCGGCCAGAUCGCCAUGGGUCUCGUCGGCCUCUCCGUGCUCUGCGGCCUCAUCAGCUUCAUCCUCUGCCUCGCCGCCGAGGGCUCCCGCUCCGAGGUGUCCAACUACCUGAUGACCGUGCAGGGGAGCGCGGGGCAGAUGGACGUGUGCUUCUACAACAGCAGCGGCCGCUCGCCGCUCAUCUUCGCCAUCGCAGCUUUCCUGCUGCUCGCCGUCGCCAUGUUCGCCGUGCACGCCUACAUGCUGCUCGCCGUCGCCGCGCCGGACUCCGCCGCCACGGCCCACGCCGUCGCCCAGGACCACCCCCGCGUCUCCACCGGCCCCAACACUCUCCCCUGGCAGACAUGCUGCCUCUUCUUCGUCACAUGGAUCUGCUUCGGGCUGGCGGAGGUGCUGCUGAUGAUCGGCAUCGGGGUGGAGUCCGGGCACGUCAGCGACUGGCGGAAGCCGCGGCCCGUGUGCCACCGGGUGCGCCCGGGGAUGUUCGCGGCGGCCGGGAUCCUGGGGCUCAUCACCGUCGUCGUCGGCUUCGUCGUCUAUGUCACCGCCGUGCAGGCGCACAAGCUGCGUGGCCAUCACGGCGGCGCCGGACACCACUACCCGGGACACGCGGGCGUCCCGCACCACCACCUGCCGCCCGUGUCGUACCCGCCACACCCGGCUCCGCACCCGUACCCACAACCACACCCACAUCCACAUCCGAUGCUGCCGAAUGCGCCGGAGAUCACUGCUGCCCCGUGCCAAGUGCAGCCCAGCAACGCCGGAUGCAUUACCAAGGUGUCCACGGCUGUCUGAAGUUUGAGCGCCCAGUCGAGAAUGCGGGCAGAGACAGUGUGUGUCCUGCACACGUAUCCCUCUAUCCAUUUGUCAAUUUUAAGAAUUGCUUUCAGCUUUGCGACAAAGCAUUAUUUGCUCAUGUGUAACAAUUUGUUUCGAAAUGUACGAGAUAUCAAAUGUACAAUUACUUGAUUCGUGAUUGACUAAAUUGCAUGUAAUACCCCCUGA